GGGUGCGGCUGUGACAGACCCGGAAAUGCACCAAUAGAUUUCAACCGCGAGCCGCACAGUACCUUCGUUUGUAUCCGCCUUCACGGCUGCUUUGCUGAAGUCUUGUCAGAAAUGAGUUUCCACUACGGCCAGGGCUACCCAGGAGGAGCCCACCGACCACAAGGUGCUCCCUAUGGGGGAGGCAGCGGUCCUUACGGGCCAAACCCCUCCGCUGCCUACGGCGGUGGACAGCAGCAAUCAGGGAGUCCUUAUGGUGCUUAUGGAGCUCCGGGUCAAGGAGGGCAGUUUGGGCAUGCACAAGGGGGUUCCCCCGCUGGGCAUUAUGGGGGUUACGGUGCACAGCCUCAUGGAGGACAAUAUGGACCCCAGGCUCCUGCAGGUAACGUCCCCCCCGGUGUUAACCAGGAGGCGUACCAGUGGUUCCAGACCGUCGACACGGACCACAGUGGCUUCAUCAACCUGAAGGAGCUGAAGCAGGCACUGGUCAACUCCAACUGGUCUGUUUUCAAUGACGAGACUUGCCUCAUGAUGAUCAACAUGUUUGACAAGACGCGCUCGGGUCGCAUGGACAUUUUUGGCUUCUCUGCACUCUGGGACUUCAUGCAGCGGUGGAGAGCGCUCUUCCAGCAAUAUGACAGAGACCGCUCGGGCACCAUCAGUGGCAUGGAGUUGCACCAAGGCCUCGCUCAGAUGGGCUACAACCUGAGUCCGCAGUUCUCCGAGACGUUGGUGCGACGCUUCGCCACGCCUGGCGGGCGACCCGGCAUCCAGCUGGACCGUUUCAUCCAGGUGUGCACCCAGCUCCAGAGCAUGACGCAGGCCUUCAGGGAGAAGGACACCACCAUGACGGGCAACAUCCGCCUCAACUACGAGGACUUCCUCUCCGGAGCCGUCACCAGGCUCAUGUGAGGCCUGGGGCCCCCUCACGGCACCCCCUCUGCACCGUGGACCAGUCACAUCAUUCCACGCUCGCGUCACGUUUGGCUCGGUGUUCUCUGCUCCGCCACAAGUGCCUCCUCCAUCUGUGCGGGUACAGCACGUCGGUUCGGGACACAUUAUUCCGUGGGUUGCUGCUGUUGGGGAUGUAAUGCCCUUCAUCGUGCAUUUGAAACAAGUUCAUUGGCUGAUAAAAAGCGCAUCUAAAGCCUUCAACGGACGGCUUCACUUUCACCAGGCACAGGUGGGAGGGUUUCAAAGCGGACUGAUGCUAUAGAGCCCCAGUUAUUUUUUUCUUACAUAAACUGCAAAAGAGGCCUUGUUGACACGUGUUUUUCUUCCUGAUGGGUUUACUCAUAUGCAGCCAUUAACGUGCUCCUGUGCCAAUUAAAUGAUAUCAGGAAUAUUCAGCAUCUCCAGAGGGUGUGUCUAUGCAGUGGUUGCACAUUGUAUUGAACAUUGCUUUAUAUUGUAUUGUGUAUAAUUAGCCAAAAUGAGGCCACUUUUUUAAACAUUUGAAUUAACCUACUCUCAGAUUUGAUGGGGAUUUGAUUAGAAAAGUAUAAUUUAUGAUAGUUUUCUGCAUGAUGCACUCCUGUAAGCCAGUAUCCAUGAAUAAAAACGAAAAGCUGGGGGGAAAAACAACCCAAAAGAAUAAAAAAUGUGUCUUCAGGUUUUCUGCUUUCCCAUCAAUGAAAAGUUCUGUUUUUAAUGUACUUUUAGAUAAUAAAAUGGUCUGAAAUCAGA